GCCCGAGACUCCGCGCCGCCACAAAUUGUGCAGCACUAGCAAGAAGCAGUUUAGUUACGUUUAAUCCGUGCAAGCGCGACAAAAAAAACACCUAAAAGGCAAAAAAUCGAGCAUUUUAGGCCCGAAAAUUAUUGGCAACUUCUGGCCUACACCAUUGCGUAGCAUUAGUGUACUGAAAAGACAAACCCCCUUCGUGGAAAGUGCUUGCAAAUCAGCAUUUGAUAAAGUUGCGCGUUCACGGUAUGCCCAGCGUGGCGUGUGUGUCGAGUUACCUGUAAUUGUGUGCGCCUGUGAGAGAGCGGAGUAACUCGCCAUCGUUUCGAAAAAGCCUGCAGUUUGAAAAGACAUUGAAUUGUGAAAUACUUGUACCACCAAACCAACUAAACGAUGUCGGAGGCAACUGGGGUCCAAAAACCGGAGGCGGUGGAAAUAGAGGAGGCGGCGGGGGACGAAAAGAAGACACCCAAACGCACUCCAAAACGCCGCUCGUUCAUUGAGCGGGCUCAGCAGGAGAGCGAGGAGUUGGUGCGGACGAUGGGCGGCAGCCUGGAGCUGGCCGGCGGGCGACGGACGCGGUCCAGUACUCGAGGAACUCCGACGCGGGCCACCGAUACGGUUACGCCGCCGCCCAGCAAGAAGGCGCGCACAUCACCGGCAUCGGCCACCAAGGCCAGCGGAGGAGGAAAGGGUCGCGGAGCGCGAAAACUAGAUGUGGGCAGUGAUGAGCCCGAACAGGAGUCGGAAAAGGUAAAGACUCCAGCCAAAGGAAAGGCUGCAAAGAAGGACAAAAAAGAGCUGAAGAAGGAGGAAAAGCCGGCAAAAGAAGCGGAGCCCGCAGAGGAAGGGGCAGAUGCGGAGGAAGAGGUCGAUGAGUCCAAGGAGAAGGACGCCAAGCCAGCCGAGACCGACGACCAAGCGGAUGGUGUAGUAAAUCUGCCUGGAGUGGCGGAGGAGAAACAGAACCACGUCAACGAAGUCGAAGCAAAUAAAGAAGAGCCCGAGAAGCCAACCGAAGAGGUGCCAAAAGCCGAGGAACCCGUUAAGAAGAGCGAGGAGGCCUCUGAGAAUGGUGCCGCCACAGAAACCACGCCUGAAGACCCUGUUUCCGCUAUGGAUGUGGACGAGCAAGAACCGGCUGCCGAGAGCACACCUUCAGUUGACAAGGAACCUGCACCAGUUGAUGAGAAAAAUGCCGAAGAGAAGUCCGACGAACCUGCAGCCGUAGUUGUGGAGGAACCAAAGGUGCAACCUGAACCGACCAAGGAAGCCACUCCCGAGCCCAUGGAGGUGGAUGCGAGUUCGAAGAGCAGUUCGGACACAGCCCAAGUAGACACACCAGCCACCGAAGAGGUUGCCGCCGCUCCACAAUCAGAAGCAGCAGUUGAGGCAACAGAAUCAAGCGAUGCUGUCGAGGAAGUGGCCGUAGAGGCCAAGGAAACGGUUCCAGAAGCGCCGAUUGCCAAGGCCAAGAAAGCGGAGAUUGUCGUGUCUGCGGAGGAGUCCAGGGAGACCAGCAUACCGGGGGCUGAGCCCCAGGAAGCCAACAGCAGCAAAGAGCCCAAGGAGAUCUCGAGCUCCGCGGAGCCAACGGAAUCUGUGAGCUCCAAUGUUGAGAGUGAAGCACCCGUCGCCGCCGAGGUUCCAGCCGCCCCCGCCACUAAUGACGUCAGCAAGCCUGUGGAAGCCGAUGCCAUCGCGGGAAAGGUAGCCGAGAGUCCUGUCAAGGAGCCACAGGCCAUCAGCGAAGUCAAGAAGGCGGAGAUCAAUGUUAACGGUGAGCCCAAGAUCGUUAAUAGUUCCUCCGACGUGGGAGAGAAUGCGGCGCCGAAGGUCUGUAACUAGACCGAUCCCACCGCCAUUGGACAAUCAACCACUUCAAUGCGUUGCAGAUGUGUACAAAAAGCAUCUUCAGCUCGCCCGCCGAGUUGGUCUGGAUGUUGCCAACUACAUGCAAACACUUAAGAGUUCCCCCAACUUACAGUUACAAUUUUCUUUUUAAAUUGACCCCUUGAUUUCGUACUCAAAAUACCUUAAUUUUUUUGAUGAUUGUUUCGUGUCCUCCCGCACUGGGUUGACACGAGGGACGCCAUCAGCUGCAAUCGAUGCUGGACUUUCAAUGUUGCACUGCGUGCGUCAGGUAGACAGUCAGCCAAACAAGUAGGCAAUAGUUCCAGUGCCCAAAACAAACGCACCCACCCACUCCCCUUCCCCACUUCCCCGGAAAUACACAGACAGUUUGUAAAAUGCAUCUUAAUAUAAUAUGUAUGUUGAUAAUUAAUCAAAUUGGAAUCAAACAAAUUAUACAUUGACAGAAAUGUAUGUAAAAUAGAUGUUUUUAAAUUGUAAGACAUAAUAUCCUUAAUUCUAAACCCAAUUUGACAACACUCAAAACAUACGCAACAAAACGCGGAAAGAUUUUAACCAUUGUAACGCAAUACGAAUGCUCUGCGGCUCUAGAAUACGUCUAUGUAUACCUUUCACUCUUUUUGAAUAUUUUUUACGUAUUCCAAGCCCGUUUACUGAAGGCAUUUAGUCAACGUUUUUAAAAGAUCCGAUUUCCAACCGGUGGCCACAGAUAAAGGUCCCUCCAAGCGAUCACUCCUAACUGAAUUCGUAAAUACAUGCUAGAAUAAAGAGUAAACUUUUUCAAUGAAAAAAGGAGAAACACAAAAUUCUAAUAAUAAUAAUAUAUUAUAUAAACACAGCAAGAGCGUAAAGUAGUUUUGGAAGCCGUUGCAACUGAAAUGAUCAGUCAGACCGUUUUUGUAUGUAGCUUAUCUUCUGUAUAAGGCAUUCUUCAUUUGAAUAUUCUUUUGUAAAUAAAUCUUUAAAAAAUACAAGAGAAA